AUGGGGAAGACACGCCCCGACAAGAAGAACAAGAAGCGCGGUGCGCUGUCCCGUGCCGCUACGGGACCGGCUGAGGAUGAGACCGCCAAGGCCGUCUCGCCGCUGCUGCUCGUCCAGAUGGCGACGUUCCAGAUCUCCGAGGGCAACGCCGAGGACGCCCUGGCGCUCGCAACCCAGGCACUCGACGCUUCACAGCCCGGCAGCGACGGCACCCUCGCUGCCCUCAAUGUGCUCGGCCAGAUCAAUAUCGAGCUCGGCGACUUCGAUGCCGCCCGAUCCUUCUUCCUGCGCGCGGUCGCCAUCGAUCAGGACGGUCGCAGAAGCGAGGAUGUCGGCGGCGGGCCCGAGAAGUUCCUAUGCCUGGCGCAGCUCAGCGAGGAAGGCGGGAACGACAGCGUGCGGUGGUUCGAGAAGGGCGCCGCAGCGCUGAAGGCGCAGAUUCAGGACCUAGAGGAGGAGGCCGGCAGGCGGAGGACCGCGCGGGCCGAGGAGAAGCAGGAGAAGGAGAUGCAGGUCGAGGAGCUGCGCCGCAAACACGCCAUGACGCUGUGCUCCGUCGCCGAGAUCUACAUGACCGACCUGUCGUGGGAGGCCGACGCCGAACAGCGCUGCGAGGCCCUCGUCACCGAGGCCACCAUGGUGGCGCCCGACUUUGCCGAGUCCUGGCAGACGCUGGCCAACGUGCGCAUCUCGCAGACCCGGAUCGAGGACGCCCGCGCCGCCCUGCGCCGGAGCAUGGAGCUCUGGAAGGACCUCCCGUCCGCGGACCCGUCCGUGCCCGACUUCCCCAGCCGUGUCAGUCUGGCGCGCCUGCUCAUGGAGGUCGAGAUGGAGCAGGAGGCCCUCGAGGUGCUGGAGCGCCUGGUGGGCGAGGACGACCAGAGCGUCGAGGUCUGGUACCUCGGCGGCUGGGGCCUGUACGUCAUGGGCGACAAGCAGAGGACGGAGAACAAGGGGCCCGAGGACGAGUGGCAGGCCUCCUGGAUCUCGAGCCGUGUCUGGCUGAACCAGUGCCAGACCUUAUACCAACAGCAGCAGUACGAGGACGACCGGCUCGGCGAGCACGCCAAGGAGCUCCUGGACGCUAUUGCCAAGGUGUUGGGUGAAGCGCCAGAGAUAGAAGAGGAAGACGACGACGAUGACGAAGGCGACUGGGUUGAAGAGGGUAGCGACGAGGAUGAUGAGAUGGAGGGUUAG